CCAGUGGAUCUAUAGGAAUAAUGGAAAGGAACUCCAGGGCUCGAUCCCAUUCCUCAACAACAUCACAAGUAAGACAACAUGAUUUUUCCACUACAGAAAAGAUUAUAAAAGCGAAAGAUAUGAAAAGCAAAACCUUCAGCAUGAACCAGUGCAAAACUAUGCAAAUGAGAAAUACGAUGAAACAGGAUUCAAAGAGGAAAAAAGAGAGAAAUGAGAGAGCCCUGUCAGAAAGCUCCUUCAGUGCUGAUGGUAAGGUGACAAGCUCCACCGUGGUGGACGUGGACAAUGUAGUAAGCUCAGAUGAAAGUGAGGAGCAGAUUGCCUUGAUUGAAACUGAAGCACGAGAGGAAGGUAUCAAGCACCGAAGGCCAGGCGUCUGCGAGUGUAUUCUCACAUUCCUUACUUUGUUGCUGGUUCUUGUCUCAUUCCCAGUCUCUAUCUGGUUCUGUGUUAAGAUAGUCCAAGAUUAUGAGCGUGCGGUGAUCUUCAGACUGGGACGAUUACUAUCAGGAAGACCCAAAGGACCAGGCCUCUUUUUCUUCAUGCCAUGUCUGGACACGUAUCAUACAGUGGAUCUACGAAUCAAAACCUUGGAGAUCCCUUUUCAUGAAGUUAUAUCCAGUGACAUGGUGACCGCUCAAGUGAAUGCCAUCUGUUAUUAUCGGGUAGAGAAUGCCUCCCUCUCUUUAACAACAGUCAGGAACACCUCUGUCUCAGUAUCAUUGCUGGUGCAAACUAUUAUUAAACGGAGCUUAGCUUGUCGAAAAUUCAAUGAAAUUCUCCUGGAAAGGAAAUCCAUUGGUGAUGAAAUCAAGACAGCACUGGAUGCAGCAACCUGCAACUGGGGAAUCAAGGUGGAACAUGCUGAAAUAAAAGACAUCCGCCUGCCAAUAGAGCUUCAAUAUUCACUAGCAGUGGAAGCGGAAGCACAUAGACAAGCCAAAGCUAAGGUGAUUGCAGCAGAAGCUGAGAAGGAAGCCUCAGAAGCCUUGAGAAUUGCAGCAGACAUUCUAUCAGAAUCCUCUGGUGCUGUCCAGCUGCGCUACCUUCACACACUGUCUGCUCAGAAAACUUCUCCCAUUAUUCUGCCUGUGCCUUUAGAACUCCUUAAUGGCAUGACAACUGUUACCCAGAAAUCUUUAGUGGCCACUGCUGCAGCUGGUGCACGUGGAUCGGAACAACCUCAACAACAGGAAAACAAGACUGACUCUCCAAUGUUAUAGUAAUGGAAAGGACUCAGUUGAAGUUGAAAAAAAUUGUACAGUUUCUUUUUGCUGGAUUUGUAGGUCACCAUACAGAAGUGCACAGUAGGGUACCAAUACAUGGAGCAAUCUGCAAAUCAAUUGAGUCAUAGCAACAUUUUAUCACAAGUUGCAUCAUCUUUCAGUUUUCCAUCUCAAGGCAGUCUGACCCAUAGCACCACAAUCUUUACUAUAGCAAGGAUAGGGUGCUAUGUCCUGUAUCCACUCCAGUGAUUUGUUGGCACCGAUCUGAACCAUGUCAGCUGUCCAACCAACUGACCCUGUGUAGUCUGAGUGUGUGAGGCAACAUGUGCAUUACAUGUAUAUUGUAGCCUUGGAACUAGGGAUAGUGCUGGUAGUGACUCCAAUUCCCUUUGCAUCAUUUUCUUCUAAUCACUAUAAAUUUUAGCUCAUGAGGCUGAUACCAGGCACAAAGGAACUAUCUUAUCAAAAGAGGAUGAGUAAGUUGGGCCUAAUACUCAUUGGAAUUUAGAUUAGAAUGUCAUCUUAUUGAAACAUACAAGAUUUUUAGUGGACUUGACGGGGUAGAUGGGAAAGAUUACUUCCCAUUGUGGGAGAGUCUAGGACUGGAGGUCAUAAUCUCAGAAUAAGAUGCUGCAUAUUUAAGAUAGAGAUGAGAAGGAAUCCCUUCUCUUGGAGGGUACUAAAUCUGAGGAUUUUUUUUACCAUAUAAAACUGUUAAGCCUGGGUCAUCAAGUUUAUUCAAGGCUGAGAUAAAAUUUUAUUUGUUAAGGGAUUCAAGGGUUAUAGAGAAAAUGCUGGAAAGUUCAGUUUAGGGUUAUCAGAACAAACUCAAUAUACUGAAUGGCCUACUUCUGCUCCUACAUUUUAUGAUCUUGGAGAAAACAAAUCACAAG